AUGGCAAAUCAAACUAUCAUCAAUUUCCUUACAUUACCGGUAGAACUUGUCUACCGAAUUUUGGAUUAUGAAUCAGAUUUCACACUUAUAUGCUCAAUGACAAACACACUUACCGCUCUAGAUCUCUCCAGAAAUCAAAUCGGAGAUGUUGGAGCGCAAUCUUUGGCCGUUGCAUUACAACACAAUACAACACUCAUCACAUUAAAUCUUCGAACCAAUCGAAUCGGAAAUGUUGGAGCACAAUAUUUAGGUGAUGCAUUACAACACAACACAACACUCACCACACUAGAGCUCUGGAUUAAUCAAAUCAGAGAUGUUGGAGCACAAUAUUUAGCUGAUGCAUUACAACACAACACGACGCUCACCACAUUAGAUCUCGAAUGGAAUAAAAUCGAAGAUGUUGGAGCACAAUAUUUAGCUGGUGCAUUACAACACAAUACAGCACUCAACACACUAGAGCUCUCGAACAAUCAAAUCGGAUAUGUUGGAGCACAAUCCUUGACCAUUGCAUUACAACAAAACACGACGCUCACCACACUAGUGCUCUGGACCAAUGAAAUCGGACAUGUUGGAACACACUACUUCAGUAAUGCAUUAAAAUACAACACGACACUUACCACACUGAAUCUCGCGCCCAAUCAAAUCGGAGAUGUUGGAGCACAAUAUUUAGCUGAUGCAUUACAAUACAACACAACGCUCACCACACUAGAACUCUGGAGCAACCAAAUUGGAGAUGUUGGAGCACAAUAUCUAGCUCAUGCAUUACAACACAACACGACACUCAUCACGUUAAAUCUCGCUGAAAAUCAAAUUGGAGAUGCCGGAGCACAAUAUUUAGCAGAUGCAUUACAGCACAACACGACGCUCACCACGCUAGGUCUUAGAUUUAAUAAAAUCAAAUAUAUUGGAGCACAAUCUUUAGCUGAUGCAUUACAACACAAUACAACACUCAUGACACUACAUUUCGUGGGUAAUAGUAUCGAAAAGGAUGCAAUGCAUUUAAUCGAUGAAUUAUUUGAACGGAAUCAAAGAUGA